GGUCAUCUUCCCCCUCACCGGUGGCCUCGGCUCGCCGACUACGACGAGCUCCCGUCGAUCCUGAGCCUCACGGAGCUUCUGCUGGAUAUCACCCCAGUCAUGGUCCUCACCUACAGGCAGGCGACCGAGGCACAGGAGAUGCUAAAGCAGCUGCUGAAAGCGCCGGAGAUGACUCUUCAAGUGGAUGCACUGGAGAAGAAGUUUGCAGACUCCUACGAGAAGUUUCGAUGGAAACUUGGGGGACUUCUUAUCAAAGAAGUCUACCCUCUGGUGGCUGCUCACUUUGGAUUCAAUGAUCCGUCAGAGGUCUUGCUUCCUCUCCGGGCGAUCCAAGCCCAUGGGGGUGACGACCUGCUGCUGCAAACCAACCGCUUGGAACUGGAGCUUUUGAUGCGGGACAGCCGAGAAGCGGCAUCAGCCGCCCGACGACUCAAAGCGAUGGUUCAAGCACGCGGGCAGGACUUCCAGGAGCACUUGGAGCAGUACACGAACUUGCGCCUUCUGCUACAAAAGGCAUUACCCCAGCUGGUCCUGGAGAAUGCACCUACCGGCCAGGCGGCGCCAGCUGCUGCGGUCUGGCGCGGGGCCGAACUCUUCGAGGAGGCCGUGAAGCCCAUGGAGGAUCCCAUGACCGCGGAGGCCCGCCUGUCAGCUCAGCUCAGUGAAAAUCGAGCGGCGCCGCUCUUGGCGCAGCGGGCCGUGGUGCGGCUGUCCUUAGGCCUCUACGAUGCAGCGCUGGAGGAUGCGAGGGCUGCGCGCUGUGCCGACGCAGAGGUUGCUGCACUUGCGGGCUUGGGCCGAUUUGCAGAGGCGCGGCGCGCUACCCAAAGCUGCAUCGCUCAUCAAUGGCUGGAAGGCCUGGAGUUGCAAAGUAAGGGCGCCGUGAACGUCCUCGAAGUCUUGAGGGCUUCCGUGCCCUUCCUCCUACCUCGGACGAGUGACUUUGAGGGUCCUGUCCAAAUGGCUGCCGUGGCACCCGAGCGCCGUGGUCUGGUCGCAACACGCCGACUCCAAGCAGGGGAAUUGCUGCUAUCUUCGCGCUCCCUCGUGGCGGUCGGCCGGCUGAAGCUGGGUCACGGCUUUCGGAACCCUGUGGACGUGUAUAAGAACGCAGCUCGGACUUCCAAGCAUGUGGCCCGGCUCCUUGGCAAGAUCCUCUCCGACGGAUCCCCGCGACCCGCAUCGGCUCUGAGUAAGCUUCUCUGGCACGCCGCGGAAGCUACGGCCUCUGAUCUCCCGGAGGAGUCUGUCAUACAGGGUGUGAUCGCCACAAACGCCUUCAAAGACCUGGGAAGCAGCAUCUUUCCUGCUGUGUCCAUGGCAAACCACAGCUGCCUCCCUAACGCCCUGGUGCUGAAAUGCGGAGAGGCACUUCUCCUACGGGCCCGACGUGUGAUCUCCCAGGGCGAAGAAGUUUGCAUCAACUACUUCGAUGUGUUGAAGCCCUUGGCUGAGAGGCAGAAGCUUUGCCAGAGUUGGGGCUUCGUCUGCGAGUGCCCGAGAUGCGAGGAUGAGAAGAGCAUUGAUGAAAGCAAGUUUCGAGCGAUCUCGAUCCUGAUGAACCAACUCAGGAGUCCCCUGGCGGCAGCGCCCCCGGGUGCUGCGCCUUUGCAGGUGGCACUUCGCGCGUUGGAAGAUUCUGUCGCUGCAUCCUUGGGAAGUCCGGGCGUGAAAAGAGUUCGAGCAGUCUGCGCCGGUUACACCGCACUCUACAACCUAAGGGCUCAGGAGGAGGGCUCGGCGGAAGCCAUCGCAGAUCACUUGAAGGUGGUUGAGGCGGUGCUGCCGGGCUCUUUCUCCCAUUGUAAGCUCUCGUUCCAGUAUUGGCGGACCUGCACUGGCCACUUUGGAGAGGACUGCGUCCAAAAGUUCAAGGCAGAUGGAACUGUGCAGCCCUUCACGCAGCGGCCGCUGGAGGCCGCUUGGGCGGCGACCUCAGCGGCCACGGCCCACAAGCUGCGCUACGGGGACCCAGGUGUUGACUUCCUUCCAAGCCUUGUGGAAGAGACGCGGAAGUCCGUGGACAGCAACGCGGGGGAGUUCAUACUCAAGAUUCGUUGA